AAUCUACCUGCGCCUGUAAUACGUUAGUAUGGGUAGAAUCCAGUAAGUAAUCUUGUGUGUUUGAUUCAAUACUUUAAGGCUACCCGCACUUUCAAGACGCUGUAAUGUGUAGACUCCGGAUCAACGAACAGGAUACAAUGGUUAUUUACUAUCACCACACUAAUGCGGAAGCGACCGAAAAAAUCCUAGAGUCCCAAGUACUGAAACAAUCCUCAGAUAUAUUUGGGACGGGGGUGUUCCUGUCCAAAAUGGGCCCCGGUACAUCAUUUGAAAAGCUCUUUGUGAAUAACUACGAAGACAACUACUUAUCAAGUUCUCGGAUGAAGAGUUUUAUUCGUGUAAAAGGAAAGGACGCGGACGUAUGUUUUGAACUGCAUCUUCCGGACGAUGUGUGUGAAAAUUUCGUUGAGAAAUAUGAUUAUGAAUACGAAGCCGAAAAUGAAGAAAAGAAGAAAGAGAAACGCCGCUUAGGCGUAACAGAUGUGUACAUGUUCAAGGGCGGUAUUGACUUAUCAGGCAUAGAUUUCAUCAUAUAUUGGAGGAAUAAAACUCAAUAAGAAAGUGACCAAUCAAGUAUACAUCUGACACAACAUUCGACACAACAUAAUACACACAAUGAUAACAGCCGGGUGCCACCGCCUUAAUAAAAAGAAUAAAUACACUUCAGAACUAUUGUCAUUAUAUUAAACGUGUUACUUUACGCAAGUUAAAUGUGAAACAAAAUAAACGCAUAGCAUGAUUAUAAUGAUGUUGUCUGAAAAAGGAGAAUAAGAUUGAUUACAUAUGCAA